ACUACAUUCAUCGUGCAUUUUCGUUAAGAUGUUGGUUUCCUUUAUUAUCAUCACGAUUCUGCAGUUGCAUCCAGUCGUCUGGUGCCGGCCAAUACCGAUCACUGAACCCGCUCAUACGCCGAAGACCUAUGUCAAGGAUCGAUGCAUCGUAGACACCAACAACAAUAACGAGAAAAGCGUUGGUGAGGCGGUUAAGAUGGCUUAUCCUCCCGAAGGAACCGGCUUGUUUAGAGAUCCCCUGGAAGUGUUGGGUCCUAUGUUUCCUACGAAAAAGGCGAUAAACACUUGCGAGAUGCACGUUUCGCUGGUAGCCGACUCCAUAUCCGACAUACGGUUCACCAAAAGAGGCGAAAAUAUGUGCGUGGAAUUGUGCAGUCAGUACAGAACGAACAUGAUCACUGACGGGCCAGUGGACGUGACGCUGUUACAGGGUUACUGCAAUUACUCGAACAGCGUGGAUUCGAUUGAAAAUCUCGACCUGGCCACCACGUGCACUUGCGCGUACAGGGUCCGAUGCAAUAAUAAAUCGUCCAUGAUCAUGUACUCGUUUCAGGCGAACUGCAAAGGGUUCAUAAAAGUGUCCGUGUCGGAGCCCAACAAAUCGAUGCCGAUCACUUGAACGACAACCGCGUUGCGAUGUUACUGCAAAAAUGACGCGAAAACAUUCGGGUUUAUAUUUUCCCAUCAUCGU